GCAGCCGGGGCGGGGCCGGCCUGCGGGACGCCCGGCACCCGGCCGGCGAAGCCCGGCGCCUCUCCGGGCCGGUACCGGGCUCUUCUCGGUUCUCUGCACCGCCGCCAUUUGCGGGGGGCCGCGGCCGGGCGAGCUGCGUGAGUGAGUGAGCUCGGGCUUCUGGAGCGGCUCUUGGAACCCCAUGGAGGCAGGUCCGCGGCGGGGCGCCGAGCCGCUUCGCUAGCGGCGUCCGGCCUCGCCUUUCGGCUCUUUGUACCUGUCUGGGGAAUAAUGUGGAGGUCUCUGCUUUAUAAAAUCACCCGGUGCCUGUCUGUGAGACAGUGUGGAGGUUCCCUCCUUCAUAAAGUGACUCAGUGCCUUGCCAUGCAGCGCUCCGGGUGCUGUGUGUGUGUAAACAAUGAGCAGCCGUGUUUAUUGCUUUGCUGUAGCUGCAUGUAUGGCUGGCUUCUAUCAGCCUUCUCUUCAAAAGCCAUUUAAAGGGGGGCUUACUGUGAAUACGCGCUAUUACCGCUUUGUGGAAAACCUCUUCUUCAUUACUAGCGUUACAGCUUGACAGCUGUGUUUGGGGAUCUUUCUUAUAACGCUCAACGUAUGAUUUGAAACAGUCAACAUGGAUUUUUCACGACUUCACAUGUAUACUCCUCCCCAAUGUGUGCCAGAGAACACUGGCUAUACAUAUGCACUCAGUUCAAGUUAUUCUUCAGAUGCUUUGGAUUUUGAAAUUGAACACAAAAUAGAUCCAGUAUUCGAUUCACCAAGGAUGUCACGGCGUAGUUUACGGUUAGCUGCUGCAGGAUUUAAUAAAACAGAUGGUGCCCGAAGUGAUACCCUUCGUGACAGCUCUUACUCUGGAAACAUGACUUUCAGAGAACAGUCUAAGGUGGUAAGGCAGCGCAAAAGUACAAAUAAACAAUCUGGCAGUGUGAGAGAGACACCAAGGAAAACCCUAUUCAGCUCUCCCAUUUAUAGCCAAAGCAGUUUCAAUAGCCAUACCACUGAUGCAUCCAUGGUGUCCACGGUAUUGGAUGAAUCUUCGAUUCGAGAGCAGACAGAAGUUGACCAUUUCUGGGGUCUUGAUGAUGAUGGUGAACCUAAAGGUAGUGAUACUAUGUUAACACAGGGAAAUGGAGAUAUAGCAACAGCAGAAACGCAGACCACAGUGAUAAAUGGCUACACUUGCAGUGAUUGCAGUAUGCUUUCUGAACGGAAGGAGGCUCUUACAGCAAGAUCAGCUUCUUAUGUGCCAUCUUCCAGAAUUUACUCUAGGGACAGGAGCCAGAGACAUGCAUCUAGGGGCACCUAUUUCUUCAUGAGUAAGAUUCUGCGAUUGGUCAAACAUACUGCAACAUCUUUUGCAUCCCUAUUAGUGCAACUAUUUCAAAUGGUUUUGCUGAAGCUGAGUUAUGAAUUUAAAGCUCACUCAGAUUACUGUGGAAGCAUGAAUGUAAAGGAAUUUUACAGAGAGGAUAGCCAUCUUGGUGUGAAUCAGGAAUCAAUAUGUGAUGACUGUAAGGGGAAGAAACAGCUUGAAACAUACAGCACAGAGCACAUGCAAUCUUCAAAGGCUAAAAGGGUAGCAAGGACCAUUUCGCACACCUUUUCUUAUGCAGGUUACUUUAUGCUUCACGUGUUGCGAACAGUGGGAGCAACCGGAUGGCUUGUGUCUCAGAAGGUGUUGUCUCUACUUUGGCUGGCCAUUCUUUCUCCAGGGAGGGCAGCUUCUGGCAUGUUCAGGUUGCUUAGAACUGGCUGGUAUCAACUUGUUACUUUGCUGUCAUUGCUCAAGGUGUUUCUUCUUAGAAGAUGCCUUCCAAAGAUUUUCAAGCUAUUACUGUUUGUCAUCCCACUGCUGUUUCUAUUAGGUAUAUGGUUCUGGGGUUUUGAUGGCUUCGUUUCAUUAUUGCCUGUGUUGAACUGGACAAGAAUUGAUAAAGUACAGAGAAUAGAUGACUCAAUUUAUGUUCCUGAGCCCCAGCCUGGUUCUUCCCAUACUGUACAGCCUCCAAAGGGUACCAUAAAUAUCUUUGAUUCCGGUCGUAUAAGUGAGCUGGAAAAGCAAAUGGCCCUCGUGUCUGAUAGAUGCCAUCACCACGAUGAAGAAUACAGCAAAGUGAUGCUUCUACUCCAUAAUCUUCAAGAUCAGGUUGCCCAGAUGGGUGACAGAAGUGAAAUAUUGAAGCUAAUAAAAAAUGUGAUGGAUCAACAUCUUAAAGAGAUAAAACUGGAGGAAAAGACUGACUUCCUGGCUUUACAUCAAGAACAUGAACUGCGCAUCGUGAUGCUGGAAGAUCUUCUUAAAAAACUGUCUGCUGAAUCUGAGGACAUUCAGAAGGAGCUUGACAUAGCCAAAGCAAAAACAGUAAGAGAGGAUGAACAUAAUCAACUUUUAUCCAGAGUUAAAAAGCUAGAACUAGAGUUGUCUCAGGUGAAAUCGGAGCUGUUAACUGGGGAAAGUGUGAAGACGAGUUGUGAGAAAAUAGAUGUCAUUCAUGAAAAAGUAGAUGCCCAGGUUAAAGAAUCUGUCAAGAUGAUGUUUUUUGGUGAUCAACACGAGGACUUCUCUGAAUCACUUCUCCAAUGGCUUACAUCCAAUUUUGUGACCAAAAGUGAUCUGCAGACUCUGCUGCGGGAUCUAGAGUUGCAGAUCCUCAAGAAUAUUACUCAACAUAUGUCUGUUACAAACCAAAGAAUAACAUCUGAAGUAGUAACAAAUGUUGUGAACAAUGCAGGGAUCUCUGGAAUCACGGAAGCGCAAGCACAGAUUAUUGUAAACAAUGCACUGAAACUCUACUCUCAAGACAAGACUGGUAUGGUGGAUUUUGCCUUAGAAUCUGGAGGUGGCAGCAUUCUGAGUACUCGCUGCUCUGAAACCUAUGAGACCAAAACAGCAUUAAUUAGCCUCUUUGGAAUUCCUUUAUGGUACUUCUCUCAGUCUCCCAGAGUGGUGAUUCAGCCGGACAUGUAUCCAGGAAACUGCUGGGCUUUCAAGGGAUCGGAGGGGUAUCUUGUAGUUAGACUUUCCAUGAAGAUCUAUCCAACUGCCUUUACGAUGGAACACAUACCAAAAACACUUUCACCAUCAGGAAAUAUCACCAGUGCUCCUAGGAACUUUUCAGUAUAUGGUUUAGAUGAUGAAUAUCAAGAAGAAGGUGUACUUCUAGGACAGUACGUCUACGAUCAAGAAGGAGAGCCACUGCAGAUGUUUCCAGUGAUGGAGAAGAGUAACAAUGUAUUCCAAAUAGUGGAACUGAGAAUUCUCUCUAACUGGGGACAUGCUGAAUAUACAUGUCUUUAUCGGUUCAGAGUGCAUGGGAAACCUGCCGAAUAAUCUACACUACAGCUUGGGUUGCUUUAUUGUACAUUUUGUUCUCAAUUUGUAUAUACCGGAAAGCCUAGAACACUGGAAUCUUUAAAGGACGAGGAUGCAAGAUAUAUACUACGGAAUUACCAAUCCUCUGAUAAAGGCAGAAGACUGUCAGCAGAACUGUAUAAAAUAAAAUUUAUUUGCUCUCAUGCUCAGCUUGUAAUAGCCAGUUAGCUUCAUAUUUUUGUGUCCAUGCUGAGAGAAAUAAUGCAUGCAAACUACUCUGGUUCUUAAAGCGCAGUUAGCAAACAGGUGAUAUACCUAUUUUAUUACAAAUGAAUGUAUAGGGUUUUUAAAAAGAAUAAAAACCACACUUUUCUGCAACUAGGAUCUUUUUUUUUAAUUCAGGACUCAACUGCAUAUUUGUUAGCUUGGCACUGUAAGACAAAUAACGUAGUACACUUUGAACACCAACUGUGGCUAAAGGUGUCCUUCAGUUGACCUUUUUUGUCCUUCUGCGGGAUCUAAAAGGGCUUAUUCAAUAAAUGUUGACUGCUUAACAAAUAUUACUAUCAGGGAAAGUUAACACAACCAAAACUAGUUUAAACACCAGCGACUGAGAAUGCUUUACUGCAACUUGUGGCCAUGAAUUGUUCUAAAAGUCAGGGAUAACUUCUUAAAGUUACUUUAAGGGUUUUUACCAUGGCAACUUGAUUAGUUUAACUGCUGUAUACUGUUUACUAAGCAAUUUAGGAGGCUUAUCAGCUCUCAUACGAGCAGUAAAUCCAUCAAGGCUGAUUUGGAACUAACCCUAGAGAAGGAAAAUCUUAAUUUGUCCAAAAAUACCUUUGUAACAGUUCCUUAAUCUGGUUUAUUUUAUAGUCAGUAAAUGUUGUGCUGUGAUAAUGCAGGACGUGGAAAAUACAACUGAAGUAGAGCUCGUUAUUUAACAUGUACAAGACUGAGUUAUGCUCAGUGCUGCUCAGUACUGCUGUAUUGGAAUCUAUGGGAUAUAUGGGUGUUCCUGAGAUCCUCCCCUGAAACUGAAGAAGAUGAGAGUGGUGUCUCAGUCUCACUACAUUUCUGUGUAGGUGUUGAGACUGCUUUAGGGCCGGCCUCCUUUGGGAUUAAUACUUUUGAAGAUCCUUUUCAGAAAAGACUCCUAAAAUGCACUUGUGUGCAGAAUUUUUAUCUUGCUAUUACAACGCAUUUUAUAGUUACCUGUGAACUGUUAACACACUGAACUGCUGACUGGUUUUCUGAAUAGAGCUAUGUAUGUUGCACAAGAGUCCUCGAAUGUUUAAAGUCUCUGGGUGAAGAACUUUUUUUUUCACUCAAGCUAGAGACAGAACCUAUGGCCUAUGCAGAGGAGUUAGAUUACACGUGUACAGGUGUUUUCAUAUUCUAUGUUACAUAUUUAAAAUUAGAAUUAUCCUGUAUAAAUUGAAAUUAGGUAGCUAGGGUGGGAAUAUUUUGAAUAACACUAACUUAUUUUUAAAAAAGCAAGAUAGGACUUUGUGCAAUGUAUUUUUGUAAAUGCUUUUCAAAUCGUCUGUUACUUUGCUGCCUCCAAAACUGACAAGAUGCUAUUGAAAUGUUUAAAUAAAGAGUUUUAAUUUUUGAAAGUGCAUGUAAUAUUUGAAAUAAGAAAUAAAGAUUCUUUUUCUGUA